UGCCAACAGGGGGUGUCUUGAGUCAACUUGGGCAUUGUCGCCUGCUUAUCUUGUCCCCGGUGCCCCUCAAAACGAAAAGAUGGAGGCUGAAAACAACUCGCAGUGCCAAGAUGAUAACGCGGCUCUUGUGGAGAAGGACUGGGGCGAGGAGGCGCCAGAACGGCGUGACGCCGUCACCAAAGCAAACGAGCCAAAAUUAACACUUUAUCACUGGACACAGUCGUUCAAUUCACAGAAGGUGCGUCUGGCCAUUGCAGAGAAAGGUUUACAUUGUGAAGAGUAUGACGUGAGCUUACCACUCAGUGAGCACAAUGAGCCGUGGUUCAUGCGUCUCAAUCCGACUGGCGAGGUGCCCGUCCUGGUUCACGGCGACAGCGUCAUCUGUGACCCCACACAAAUCAUGGACCACCUCGAGCACAACUUCACCCACGAGGGCACUCCAAGGCUGAUACCAGAAGAGGGAAGCACAUACUACCACCGAGUGCAGCACUACAGAGAGCUGCUGGACUCACUGCAAAUGGACGCCUACACGCAUGGCUGCAUCCUCCACCCUGAGAUCACCGUAGACUCGCACAUACCUGCUUAUGCUGCCACAAGCAUACGAACGCAAAUCCUAAACACAGAGUCAGAGCUGAAGAAACUAGCAGAGGAGAACCCGGAGCUCAAAGAGGCUUAUAUCGCAAAACAGAGGCGCUUGAAGUCCAAGUUGUUUGACCACGACAACAUGAAGUACCUGAAGAAGCUUCUGGAUGAACUAGAGAACGUGAUGGAUCAGGUUGAGACUGAGCUGCAGAGGAGGGAGGAAGAAACACCGGAAAACAGCCAGCAGUCGUGGCUGUGCGGCCAGUUCUUCAGCAUGGCCGACGUCUCGCUGGCCGUCACCCUGCACCGCCUCAAGUUCCUGGGCUUGUCCCGCCGCUACUGGGGCAACGGCAGCCGCGCCAACCUGGAGGCCUACUACCAGCGUGUGCUGGAGCGUCCCGCCUUCAGGAGAGUCCUGGGCCACGUCAACAACAUCCUGAUCUCGGCUGUGCUUCCGGUUGCCUUUCGCGUGGCCCGCAAGAAUGCGCCGGUUAUUGCCGGCACCACGCUGUUGAUCGGUCUUUUGGGCGGAGCCACCUACCUGGCCUUUCUUUACAUGAGGAGGAGGUUGACUCUGCCCAGUUGGGGACUCUGGAGCUGAAUUUAAGAGAUGGCACAAAUACCGCAUUUGUCAAAUUCAACUCAAAUUGUAUUCAUCUCAUAAAUAAUACGCAUCAUGAACCGGGAGCACGCAAAAUGAAUUCAACCCUUGGACCCGUAUUAGACCUAUUUGUAAAGUUAAACUCCACACAAUAAGGCCAGAUGCGCCAUUUCGAAAUAAAUUCUGCUUGCAAUGGCGGUUGAAUA